AUGUCUCAAGGCAUAUAUGUGCUUAUUACCGGUUGCAACCGCGGCAUUGGAAGAGGCAUUUUUGACAAAUAUAUCGCUCGCCCGGACCAUGUAGUCGUCGCCGCUGUUCGUGAUCCAACAGCUAAAAGCUCAGAGGAAUUGUUGCAUGCCACUAAGGGCACUGGCAGCAGAUGCAUCCUGGUAAAGAUUGAUAGUGCUUCCGAGACAGACUCUCUGGCAGCCGUGAGCACUUUGAAGCGAGAACACGGUAUUGAGAAGCUUGAUCUUGUCAUUACUAAUGCCGGGAUCUCCAAGUACUUCGGCACAGCAGAGGUGACCCCAUUCAAGGAAAUGAUAGAUCAUUUCAAGAUCAAUACCGUGGCACCACUACUGUUGUUCCAAGCAACCUGGCCCCUCCUCCACACCACGAAAGCACCAAAGUUCGUAUCAAUCUCCUCAGGUGCAGGGAGCCUUGGGUUCAUGGAAAAUCUGAAGGUCGAGAAUACAGCAUAUGGCUCUUCUAAAGCAGCUCUUAACUUCAUCACGAGGAGGAUACACUUUGAGAACCAGCAUCUAGUGGCCUUCAGCAUCAACCCUGGAUGGCUUCAGACUGAUCUUGGGAAUCACGCUGCACAAAGUUCAGGGCUAUCAGCGGCUCCUGUGUCGGUACAGGAUGGUGUCGAUGGAAUUGUCAGUGUUAUAGAUAGCGCAACAAGGGAUGCGACAUCGGGGAGGUUUCUUUCGUGGGAAAACAAGGAGAUCCCCUGGUAA